AUGAACCAAAACGGCGUCGUCUUCCUCGUACUCGCUUUCCUCACCGCCACCACCGUUUCACUCCCUUCUUCCCCGGACAGAUUCCUCAAAUCGGCGUUGACUUCUCUCCGAUCACCGGACGUUCCCCAAGAGUACCAAGAACUCACUCUCCCCUCACCUUCCGAUCACCUCACGCCGUCGUGCUCUCAUCUCCUCCUCCGCCACUCCUUCGCCAACACAAUCAACAAACCUCCAUACACCGCUCCCUACACUCCUCCGCCAUCCGAUUGCACGUCUCCGCCGUGGUCUCACGUCAACCUCGACCUACGCGCCGCCUCGAGCGGCGAUCAAUACGAUCGCAUCUCCGGCCUCUGGCUCGGCGGCGUGGAGCUUCUCCGCACAAGUACGGCGGAGCCGAGUCCGACGGGAAUCUUCUGGAAGGUUCGUAAAGACGUCACUAGAUACUCCUCGCUGUUCACGAGAUCUGAUUUAAACGUCACGAUGAUGCUCGAGAACAUCGUCAACGAUGUUUACACAGGUAUAUAUCACAUCAAUGUCACACUCAACUUCUACGAGUUCAAUACCAUUGAUAUCAGUAGAAGAGAGUCCCCGGCGGAUUUGAUUAUUCCGGUAAGUAACGACGGAGGAGGAAACAGAGGAUUCUGGUUCAUGAUUGAGAACUCAGAAGAGAGUUACUCGAAUAAGAUCCAACUUCCGUUGAAUACUCGUAAGAUUGUGUUGGAGCUCUAUGUGUCUUCUCAUGGAAACGAUGAGUUUUGGUAUUCGAAUCCGCCGGAUUCGUAUAUCGUAACGAACAAGUUGGCGACUGGUCGUGGUAACGGUGCUUACAGAGAGGUUGUUGUGAAGAUAGAUGGGAGGAAUGUGGGAUCGGAAGUGGCGUUUCCGGUGAUUUUUACUGGUGGGAUUAAUCCUCUGUUUUGGGAGCCUGUGGUUGGGAUUGGUGCGUUUAAUUUACCUACGUAUGAUAUGGACUUGACACCGUUUCUUGGGAUGGUUUUGGAUGGGAAGGAGCAUGAGUUUGCGUUGAGUGUUAAUAAUGGGAUAUCGUAUUGGCUUGUGGAUGCUAAUUUGCAUGUUUGGGUUGAUCAUGAGGCGGUGAGUGUUGAAGCUGGGAGUGGGAGUUAUGAUAGUCCUAAGCGUCAUGUGGUGAGAAAGGAAGUGUUGGAAGAGCAGCUUGAUGGUUCUUUUAAGGUUGAAGCUGAGGUGCGUAGUGAGUUUGAUGGGUGGGUUAAGUCAAGUGAAGGUAAUCUGACUACUGUUGUUAAGAGUGUGUUUAAAGUUGGGAGUUUGGUGAAGUUUGAGGAGAAUGGUGCGUACAAGAGAGUUGAACAGAGAGUGGAGACUAAACGGGUCGUGGAGGUGACUAAUGAAUUAGGGAAACAAGUGAAUAGAGUUGUUCAUGAACGGUCGUAUCCACGAACCGUGAUCACUUCUACUCUUAGAGGGUUGAGUAAUGACAAGGAUAUGUAUGUGCUCGUGACGAAUGUUUCACAGGCGUUGAAUGAGAGAUAUUUAGUUGGAGAAGCUUUGACUGAAGUUUAUAAUAGACAGGACUCAGAUGGUUGGAUGCAGGUUGAAGAUCACAAUGUCUUGGCUGGUGAAGCGAGGACAAGACAGAGUCUAAGCUAUAUUGAUGAGUUUGGAUGUUAUUCACGCACCGUUGUUGCGGCUAAUGGUGAGAUCGACCAGGACAGUUCAUCUGAUACUUGCCCUUCGUCUUCAUCCUCUUGA